AUGCCUAAACAAAAUGAAUUAAUGGACAAAGCAGAAGACAUAGCUGAUCAGGUCCUCCGAUACACAAAGCAUUUCCUACCUCAUGUAGCUCGCUUCUGCCUGAUCAGCACUUUUCUUGAAGAUGGCAUCAGAAUGUGGACUCAGUGGAACGAGCAAAGGGACUACAUGAACGUGUCCUGGUCCUGCGGGGCGUUUCUGGCCACAGUAUUUGUGAUUGUAAACAUGCUUGGACAGCUGGCUGGUUGCAUCAUGGUUCUGAUUCGGCAGAAAGUCUCCAUUGCCUGUGGCAUUCUCUUCGGCAUUAUUGCUCUGCAGACUAUUGCUUACAGCAUAAUAUGGGAUAUCAAGUUUUUGUUUAGGAACAUGGCAUUAGCUGGAGGAGUCUUGCUGCUAUUAGCUGAGGACAGAAAUGAGGGGAAGUCAUUAUUUGCUGGUCUGCCUUCAACAGGAGACAACAACCCGAAACAGUACAUGCAGCUGAGCGGCCGUCUGCUGUUGGUGCUUAUGUUCAUUACGCUCUUGCGCUUUGAAGUUUCUAUUGUCCAGAUCCUCCAGAAUUUGAUAGGUUCCGCCCUCAUGAUCUGCAUUGCCAUUGGUUUCAAGACAAAGCUCUCGGCCCUUGUCUUAGUCGUCUGGCUCACCGGUCUGAACGUUUACUUCAAUGCAUGGUGGAACAUCCCUGACUAUCGGCCAAUGAGAGACUUCCUCAAAUACGAUUUCUUCCAGACAAUGUCGGUGAUUGGUGGACUGUUGUUUGUAGUAGCAUACGGACCAGGCGGAGUUAGCAUGGAUGAGCAUAAGAAGAAGUGGUAG